AUGAGGAUGUGCUCGAUACAUGGUUUUCGUCGGGAAUGUGGCCAUUUGAAAUAUUUGGGUGGCCCGAGAACACAGCUGACCUGAACAAUUUUUUCCCUGGCACGCUUUUAGAAACCGGCCAUGAUAUCCUGUUUUUUUGGGUAGCACGCAUGGUAUUCUUGGCGCAAGAGCUGACCGGAAAAUUACCCUUCAAAGAAGUCUACCUGCAUGCGAUGAUCCGCGAUGCGCAUGGACGUAAAAUGAGUAAAUCAUUGGGCAAUGUCAUCGAUCCACUGGAUGUAAUACAUGGCGUAUCGUUGGCGCAACUCGGAGCUAUGUUAGAAUCCGGAAAUCUUGACCCC